AUGGCGGAUGUUGAGACAUGCGCACAAAAAUUUCCAGCUGUAAACAGGCAUUAUGUUUUCAUACAUCUACAUUUAACUAAUGAUACAAUAAAAACGAUGGAUAGGAACUCAAGAAAAAGUUACAAUGAUUAUUCCAAAAAACGCAAACUUCAUUAUUUAAGGAAAAUUGUGAAUGUGAAUAAUGACGACAGUGAUGACGAUAAUAAUGAUAAUGGAUUUAAUGAACAAUUGGGUGAUCAAAUUGUUGAUGUAAAUAAUGAAAUCGAUGGUGGUCGUGAUUAUGCUAACAGGUUACAUGAACGAUUGGAUGAUCAGGUUGUUAUUGUAAAUAAUCAAAUCGAUGGUGGUCGUGAUUAUGCUAACAGGUUACAUAAACAAUUGGAUGAUCAGGUUGUUAUUGUAAAUAAUCAAAUCGAUGGUGGUCGUGAUUGUAGUAACAGGUUACAUGAAGAAUUGGAUGAUCAAGUUGUUACUGUAAAUAAUGAAAUCAAUGGCGAUCGUGACUUUGAUAACAGGUUAUAUCAACAAUUAAAUGAUCAAAUUGUUAAUGUAAAUGAUGGAAUCGGUGACUAUGAUUAUGUUGACAGAUUAAAUGAGCAAAUAAAUGAUCAUGAGGUUGAAGGUGAAGAAGAAAGUAACCGGGAUGAACGUGAUGAAGAAGUACUUAAUAGAAAUGAAGAUACCGAGGAUAGUGAAAAUGAAACAGUAGAUGACAGUGAUGAGGAAGACGAAGAUAAUGUAAGGAACUUUGAUUAUGAGCAACUAUUAUAUGAUGGUGCUCCAUUAACUGUUAGUCAAAGUAUGUCUUUAAUAUUAUCUUUACUUGUCCGGCACAAUGUUACUCAAACCUGUUUGAAAAGGGAAAGUAAAAAAAAAAAACAUUUCUACUGUGUAACUUGUCAAAAAAAUCUAGAAAACGAAAAUGACAACUGUGAUGACUGCGAAUCUAGAAAAAAGGCUUAUUUCAUUGAAAUUCCUGUCAAGUAUCAACUAAGAGAACUAUAUCGAAGAUCAGGAUUCUACGAUUGUCUGCAACAUCGUUUUCAGGCUCAUUUAGAAGAUAAUAGUCCAAAUAUUAGUGAUGUGAAUAAAGGAAGUCUGUAUCAGAAAUUAAUUACAAAUGGUUUUUUAGCAAAUAGAGAUAAUAUUUCCUUAACAUGGUACACUGAUGACAUACCAGUUUAUAAAUCAUCAAAAGUAAGCAUGUGGCCAGUGUACUUAUCAAUCAAUGAAUUACCUUUUGAAGAGCGGACAAAACGAGAAAAUGUGUUAUUGAUUGGAUUGUGGUUUGGAGAUCAAAAGCCUAAUGCUAAUAAUUAUUUUUAUAAAUUUUACAAGCAGUUUAAAAAUUUAUCUGAUGGUAUAAAUGUUACUUUACCAGAUAAUCAAAUCAUAGAAGUCAAAGCAGUAUUACUAAUAGGAACUUGUGAUCUUCCUGCUAAAUGCCAAUUUUUUAAUUUCACUUAUUAUAUGGGUGCUUAUGGCUGCCCAUCAUGUUUAUGGCCUGGAGAAACCUAUCGCCUAGCAGACGAUGGUAGCUCUCAUACUCAUGUCUAUCCAUACACACAGAAUCCAGAGGUACGAACUUCAGCGAGAUGUAUUGAAUUUGCAGAAAUUGCUUUAAAUAAUGGUUCCCCAUAUAUGGGUGUCAAAAGUCCCUGUGCUUUAUCGAAGUUAAUGCCUGAUUUUAUCGUUGGAACUGCUAUAGACCAGAUGCAUUGUGUUUUCGGUGGCGUAGUAAAAAAAAUGUUAUCACUAUGGUUUGAUUCCAGCAACAGAAAUGAACCGUAUUCAUUGAUUGAUGCCGCAAAUAUCAUAAAUAACAGGUUGGUUGCUAUAAAACCACCUAGCUUUGUCCACCGCAUGCCUCGUAGUAUUGAAGAUCUCCUGCAUUGGAAAGCUUCAGAACUUAAAAAUUGGUUUUUUUAUUAUUCUUUGCCAGUUUUAGAAGGAGUAAUGCAACGAGAGUAUUUUGACCACUUUUCAUUAUUUAUUGCUGGAAUCUCUCUUUUAAAUUUGGAUUCAAUUACAAAUGAAAAUGUAAAUAUGGCAUCUAAUUUGUUACAUAAAUUUAUACGCGAAUUUGAAGUUAUGUAUGGAUUAAAAAAUUGUUCGAUCAACAUUCAUCUUAUUUUGCAUCUGUCUGAUUGUGUGAUUGCCCUUGGGCCAUUGUGGGCACACGAAUGUUUUUCAUACGAAGAUUUAAAUGGACAAUAUUUAAAUGUAAUCAAAGGAACUCGCCAUAUUGAUUCCCAAAUUGUAAGAUCACAUAAUCAGCAGUUGAAACUUCAAAGGUUUUUUGAUGAAUUGCCAGAAGGAAAAAUAAAAGAUUUCUGUCUAAAACGGAAAUAUAAUAAUAAAAUUUGUGAACGGCUCAAGGAAGGUUGUUAUACUAUCGGUUCUUAUAAAAUUUAUAAUGAUCAUUAUAUUAUUCCUGAUUUUGUUCAGCAAGCUAUAGCAAAUUUGUUAAUACCUCGAAAAAUUCAAGAAUAUUUGCGUUUAUUAAAAAACUCUCAGCUCUACGUAUCUAAACGAUAUGGUCGAGUGAAGCAAACUUCAUCGUCGUAUGCUUUGUACAGGGAUCAUAUUGGGUAUCAUCUUUGCUCAAUUAUUUGCUUUCUAAAAUUAAAUUACUGUGAGUGUAUGAAUGAAGAAGAUUGUCUGAAUCAUCAAGUACCUAUCCAUCGAGCCAUUAUUCAAACCGUUUCAAGUGAAAGGAUUUUUGAAGUAAAAGGUGAUCAGAAUCUAGAAUACGGAAUUUCAUACAUUUACAAAUGUUUAAGAAUGAACAAUUUUUUAUCUAUCUCUAUUGAUCAAUUAAUUUCAGUUUGUUUUGAAAUAAAAAUUGAGGACGAUUUGUACGUUGCUAUGCCUGUUAAUUCUAAUAACUCUGAAUAA